AUGCUACAGCAUCGAUCACUGAUUGCUUGUCUCGCGAAAACGAUUUUGAUUCUAACUUUUGUGGCAAGUUCUCCAACUAACAUAAACAAAACGGACACCCGAAUCCGAUCAACAAGAUCAAGGAUAAGUGAGCUGAACAAUUUCCCUGUUAAUGGAUUACCAUCGCUCACGUACACUCCGAAGAUCUACACGUUUUAUGAUGAGUGGGUUACAUUUUUCGCUGCGUGGGACAAAUGUCGAAAUAUGGGAAAACGUUUGGCUACCAUCGAAAGCUAUAGGGACCACGUGGCAUUUCGAGAGGCAUAUCUGCCAUAUGGCGAUUCCGAUGUAAUUACCUGGAUAGCAGCUACUAAUUUGGGAGCCAGGUCGAACGAGUAUCAAAAGUUCUACUGGAUCACAAAUGACCGCCCGGUCGGUUAUAUCAGCGGAUUUCAAAACUGGAUCGACGGAAUUGCGCCAAACAUAUCAGAUAUGUGCGCAGCAGCGUUUCUUGGCAGCGCCGUAUGGCUUUAUGGGUCCUGUGAAAAUACUGCAUCUUACGCAUGCGAAGAAUCUCAGCACACUUAA